AUGGAUAGGAGUUGGAUGCAACUUCAUAGUAGAAGGUCACCUCAGUACAUUGAUGGGGUGAGGGAAUUUAUCUUGUUUGCUCAUGAUCAUAUGAAACCAGGGGCAGAUAAGAUUUGGUGUCCAUGUUAUAUAUGCAACAACCAUAUUCAAAAAGCCAUAGAGGAAGUUGAAAUUCAUUUGUACGCAUAUGGGGUGGUCACGAGUUACACUAGGUGGGUGUAUCAUGGGGAAGCUUUUGAGUUGAAUGACAAUAAUGACUCACAAAAUGAAAAUGACGAUUAUCUUGACAAUGUGACAGAGAAGUCAAAUAGCCCCAAUACUGAGGUGCGAGAAGUUAUUCAUGACAUACGAAGUGGAACAACCACAUUUGGCUAUGCGGGAGAAGCAUCUAGUAGUUGUAAUCCUGACUUACCUAGUAGUUGUGGUGGAGUAACAAAUAAAUUUGCAAGAUUAAUGAGGGAUGCGGAGCAAGAUUUGUAUCCGGAUUGCCAACGAUUCUCCAAACUAUCAUUCAUGGUUAAGUUGCUACAUCUAAAGAUAUUUAAUAGAUGGAGCAACAAAUCGCUCACAAUGUUGCUGGAAUUGUUGAAGGAGGAACUUCCCAUUGGUGAAACAGUUCCAUGCUCUUACAAUGAGGAGUAUGAAAAUGAAGAUGAGUGUCCUUGCAAAGCGCCAAGAUACAAAGUUCGUAAAGGUAAAGGUAAAAAGAUCCCUCACAAGGUUCUGCGAUACUUUCCUUUAAAACCAAGGCUACAAAGGCUAUUCAUAUCAAGGAAGACGGCUAUUGAUAUGAAGUGGCACAAGGAUAAACGUGUAGAGAAGGAAAAUGUAUUGCGUCAUCCGGCUGACUCUGAAGCGUGGAAAGACUUUGACAAAAAGCAUGAGUCAUUCGCCAAAGAUCCUCGUAACGUUAGGCUCGAACUAGCUAGCAAUGGUUUUAACCAAUUUGGAAACAUGAGUAACUCAUAUAGCAUAUGGCCGGUUUUUCUUGUCCCAUACAAUUUACCACCAUGGAAAUGUAUGAAGGAUCCAUUUUUUAUGAUGCCUUUGCUUAUUCCUGGGCGUAUGGCUCCCGGGUUUGACAUUGAUGUGUUUUUACGGCCAUUGAUAGAUGAGUUAAAGGAGUUAUGGGAGGUAGGGGUAAAAACAUACAAUGCAUCAAAUGGCCAAAAUUUUCAAUUACGUGCCACAUUGUUAUGGACCAUCAAUGAUUUCCCUGCAUAUGGUAACCUAUCCGGUUGGAGCACCAAAGGAAAAUUGGCUUGUCCUUCAUGUAAUGAGGAUGCAUCUCACCAAUACUUGCAUCAUUGGAAGAAAAUUUGUUACACGGGACAUCGUCAUUUUUUGCCGCAUAAUCAUGUUUUACGACAAAGCAAGGCAUUUAAUGGUGAGCCAGAGCGUAGAUCGGAACCCAAGUUGUUGUCUGGGGAGGAGGUUUUAGGACAAUUGGAGCAUCUUGACUCGACAGUAUUUGGGAAGACAGAUGAACGUGGGAAGAAGCAAAAACGUUCUCCUCAAUAUUUAAAUUAG